ACAGAUAGACACGACGCCUACUAAUCUGGUGAUAGGUCUAACAAAAAAACUAGAGGUCAAGUGUCAAAGUUCAGCAGACACAAACUCAAACAUGGCGAGUUUAAUUUCUAUGAUAAUCUCCCGUACUAGCCGGAUGGACAAUCUUACGUCACAUAAAGAACUGGCCAUCAUUAACGUUUUUAAUCAGAACGGUCACCCAGUGGAUAUCUCCAAUGAGAAUAUCACAAUUUCGGGAAAACUUGACAACACCGGUGUUUCAUACUUAAAUCUAGUUUGGGAAAACCCGGACGCUUCUAAAGCUGGAGACUACAGAUGUGAAGCCAACGGUGUCGACGUCAUGGGACAUCCGGUGAUUCAUACCAACAACACAUCAGUAACCUCAAUAAUUCCAGACGAUGGUUACAUGGUCAGUCAAGUAUUCGAUUUGACCGAUAAACUUAACCAAAUCAACUCGCAAGUAGAACAUCUUGUACGAAUAAACAACAUCAGAGACGAAAAACUCGAACUAAUCAAAAGAACAAUUUUCAACAUUUCUUCAUCAUUCAACGGCAGACGAUAUUUCCUUUCCCCUAUUCUUAACGCCAUUAUCGACAAACACGCUCUAGCAAUGUGCCAACUCUAUAACGGCUACCUCGCUGAGAUCGACUCCAGCACUGAAUACCAGUUCAUCGUGGACUUUGUCUUCACCGACCCCCGGAUGAACAGCGUCCUCAUCGGCGCCACAGACGAGACCCAAGAGGGCGUCUGGGUCAACAGGCACACCCAGACGCCCGCGAACUACACCAAGUGGGCCUACGACUACCCGACCGUCUCAAGGGAAGAUAACUGCUUGUAUAUUUGGUCACAUGACGCCGAGAUGGUGGAUGGUAAAUGUCAGGCCGUGUCAGAAGGUUACAAGUUUUUUGUCGGGUACCUGUGUGAGGUGCCGGAUUAGCACUGCGGGGUGUAAAAACUUGUUUUAAUAUAGGUCUCUUCAUCGUGUGUUUUUUUUCAAAACCCCAUGCAGUUAGCGUGGAUAGAGCCUUCUGUCCGCCCAUGCACCAUAGCGAAAUAUAUCCACUUUCAUUUUGUUAUAGAAAUAAUUAAUUAAUAUAAUAUAUAUUUAUCUAUAUAUUCACUACAGAACCCAUACAAAGAAAAAUAAUAUGCAGUGUUGGUAAUAUAACCCACUGCAUCUUUACACUACUUAAUCAUCGUUUAUUAAUCCAAUCAUUAUAAUUUGUGUUUAACUCUAUAUUCUAAACAUUGUGUAAUCGGUGUUUCUGGGUCACUAUUAUGCGAUAUAUACAUCUCUAAUGAGCAUUUUAAAGCUAUG